ACUUUGGUUUUUUUUCUUUUCUUUUCUUUUUUUUUUGGUUCCUUUCAAUGAAUUUCUUAUUGGUGUAUAGAAAUGAUGCUGAUUUUUGAAUGUUGGUCUUGAAUCCUGCAACUUUACUGAAUGCAUUUAUCAAUUUCAGUGGGGUUGUUGUUGUUGUUCUUGGGUCUAGACUUUCCUCCCUCCCUCCCUUUCUUCUUUUUUUUGGGGGGGGAAAUACUGGGGUUUGAACUCAGGACCUCACACUUGGCAGGUGCUCAACCCUGAGUUAUGCCCCCAGCCCUUUUUGCUUUAGUUAUUUUUCAAAUAGGGUCUUGCUUUUUGCCCAGGGCUGGCAUUGGACUAGAUCUCAUUGCUUGGAUUACAUGGCUUGAAUUACAUAGCUUGGAUUACAGGCACAUGCCACCUCACCCAGCAUAUGUGUUGAGAUGGAGUCUUGCUAAUGUUUUGCCCAGACUGACCUCAAACCACUAUCCUCUUGAUCUCUGCUUCCCAAGUCGUUGUGAUUACAGAUGUGAGCCACUAUACCUGGCUUGAGUCUAGCUUUUUCUGUGUGUAAGUUCAUAUUGUCUGCAUGCCAGGGAUCGCUUAACUUCCAAGUUGACUCUUUUCUAGUGCCAGAUGCCCCUCGAAACCUCCAGCUGUCACUCCACAGUGAAGCCGAAGGUGUGAUUGUUGGCUGCUGGACUCCUCCCAUCCAUACCCAAGGUCUCAUUCGCGAGUACAUUGUGGAAUACAGCAGGAGUGGAUCCAAGAUGUGGGCCUCCCAGAGGACUGCUAGUAACUCAACAGAAAUAAAGAACUUAGUGGUCAAUGCUCUCUACACUGUCAGAGUGGCUGCGGUGACUAGUCGUGGAAUAGGAAACUGGAGCGAUUCUAAAUCCAUUACCACCAUAAAAGGAAAAGUGAUUCCACCACCAGAUAUCCACAUUGACAGCUAUGAUGAGAACUCUCUAAGCUUUACCCUGACCAUGGAUGGUGAUAUCAAGGUGAAUGGCUAUGUGGUGAACCUUUUCUGGGCAUUUGACACCCACAAACAAGAAAAGAGAACCUUGACCUUCCGAGGGAGCUCAUUGACACACAAAGUUGGAAAUCUGACGGCUCAUACAUCUUACGAGAUUUCUGCCUGGGCCAAAACUGACUUGGGAGAUAGUCCUCUGGCAUUUGAGCAUGUCAUGACCAGAGGGGUUCGCCCACCUGCUCCUAGCCUCAAAGCCAAGGCCAUCAACCAGACUGCAGUGGAAUGCACCUGGACUGGCCCCAGGAAUGUGGUAAGUGGGCCAGAAUGACUGUCACAGAGUGACCAUGGACCCUUCCCAAUGCCAAGCGUCCAGACAGCAACAGGACUUUCUUUGCUGCGCUGCUCUGUCUUUCUCACUCAAACACAAACCACCCUCUUGGCCAGCUGUAGAUUACCUAGAAAUAGUCAUGAAAAACCCUGAGCUCUCACUAGGACUCCCUUGGACCCCAAAGUAGGUUCUACUCUCAAAGGGCCCCUUUGCUCUAUUAAUGUACCCAAUUCAGGGCAAGACCACUUGUCACACUUAGCUUUCUUGCCAGAGUGGAACAUAAUGUACAGAACACCCAGACAUUACUUAAUUUUAGGGUCUCUAAUUACAUGCAAGCUUAGAGAAGCAGCCUUCGGCCUUGUCCUAGCUCAUGCACUGGACACACACCUUGUAGCUUUUGCAGGUGAGGGAUUAACUGAGACCCCUGUGGGCAGCCCACAGCUCCUGCUCCUCUUCAGUUCACUGAGCACUCUAGCAGCUCUCCCACCAUCUUCCUCUUCACCUCAAGAACUGCCAUUGUCAAUGGCC